UAGUAACAUGAUUGGUCGUCUCUGUUGGCUGUCUGCAAGAUGUUACGGCUGUGCAGCCAGAAGUUACAGUCAAAAGUCGUUGUCUUCAGUUCUUCGACUUGACCUUAUUCAAGAGAAAACUGGGGAAGAAAUAGGACAGUUGUGGACACAUUACCACAAGACCAAGGAUUGCAUCAGUGCUGUUAUUGCAGACACUCAGUAUGAUGAGCUCUAUGCAAGGUCACAACUUUGUCCUCGAUUUGUAUAUCCUAUUCCUAACAAUGGUGGAUAUGAGUUUGUUUAUUCACAGUUCAGUGGUCAUCUUUGUUUCUUUACUGCAUUAGCAACGUUUCAGUCAUUAGGUGAGAAUGCUCCAAUUCUCUUGACAGUGACUCAUUAUCCAGAAUUAAAGAACUCAAAAGGUAUUGUGCUGAUGAAAGGAGACUUUACGUCAGAUCUGAGUACUUUGGAAGCACAGUUUCUUGCUAACCAACUGCAGCUGUACUACACUUCACGGGAUAAAGCCAGAUGGUCACUCGUCAGAAACUUUAAUUUUUCACCUCAAGAUUUUGAUUAUAUGCUGCUAAUCAAACAGCUAGAACGGUCUGAGGUAGCCAUCGACAGUAAAUGAGACGGUUUC